UUUUUUUUUUUUUUUUUGCCGGUGUUGUGAGAUAUUGCCAUGCGUGUGUGUGUUGUUGUGGUGAUGGAUGGACAGACUUUAUGUGUACGUGUCUCUAUUUCUUUAUUCAUGUUUAUUCAUAUGAGUACGCCGAGGGAAUGAAACGUUUAACUAUAUUGCUUUCCCGGCGAGACAAGACACCACUUCGCCUCACCACCAACCCCAGAAUAUUUCCACUAUCCUUUUAAGACGGCACCACUAUUAUCACUUCUACACCAGACACACCUGCAUCACCACACACAUCACCACUUGAAUCAUAUCUUAUUUAACAUCACUAUAUCAAUUUCCUCAUUACUACCUUCACCACACUGCACUACACAAAACAAAAACACCCAUUAUUACCUGUCCAUAAUUUUUCAACACCACUCCUACCACUACUACUAUCAGACACCACCACCACCAUCAUAGCUGUUCCACCAGUACUGUCACCAAGCCUUAUCUAUUAUCGGUAGCAUCGGCCGCACUAGAGUAGUCCCACCAACGUCGCCACGCCGCUGCCACGCCGCCCAUCACUCGACGCAGCGACCGCCGGACAUCACCGUUAUCGCCAACACCAUCACUGUCGCCACUAAGGUAAUAGUGAAAAUAUGAACACGUGAUGAAAGACAGAUUCACGGGCAACAGCUAAAAGAAAACUCCCGAAAACUACAAAGGAAAGAAAAACAAUAACUCCACAGAUAAUAAAGAGUAUCAACAUUGAACUAAAUACAGAUUCAUGAUAGAUAAUAUACAAAAUACUUCGCAGGUGUGAUGAAAAGAAACACAAACAUGGAUUGGGAAAAAUAGGUUUAAAUAUGAGAAAAAACUAUAGUGAAGAGAUAGCAAAUUCAACGUCGCUUCAACAAACGUUAUUAAGUGAAUUACACGGCACACAAUAUAAAAGCAAAGUACUUGAUUUUGAAGAGGGAAAAAACACAUAACAAAAUAACGUUAUAAAAGGAGAGAAAGUAAAACUGAUAGCAAGGAAACGCAAGAAAAAAAUAGCAGGAAAAAAUUAUGCAGUGGAUGAUAAUAAAGGAAAGUAGAAUAACUUGAUUGUCAAGAUGAACUAACCAGAUAAAAACAAAAUACUGAAGAUCUCGCCAAGAAGGAAAAAAAGGAAAAAGAAAAAUAAAGCCACAUUCUUCAGAAGAGCAACCACCAUGGAAGCGAACAUUUUAAUAACAAGAAUAACAACAACAACAACAACAACAACACAACACUGCAUAACGAAAGGAAGCAUGAAACGUAGCAAAAACACGACUCGGACUGAAACAAGAACGAGCAAAAGUAACUGAAAAACAAAAACAAUACCGCAUAACACACAACGACAAGAAAAAUAAACUGUGAAAAAGUGUAAUACGAAUAAAAAAAGAAAACAAUAAAAAAAACGAAAGAAAGUACUUAGUGAGAAUAAGCCCACGAAGAAUAGCGAAACGGAACGAAGGACGGAGACGGCAGUAGGAGCGACAGCAGAAGUAAGGAAGGAAGAAAGGCAGGAAGGCUUGGGGAGCUGGAUACAUCGGCAGCAGCAGGGUGGGCGGCUCCUGAGCACGGCGAGGGAGAGCGGGCGUGACGGUGGAGGCGUUGGUCGGCGAGGAUGGCUGGCGUGAUGUACCAGGGUUAUGCCUCAUACCUUCAGGCCUACCAGCGCCACUCCAAUCCCUACUGCCCCUCCAAUCCCCUCGCCCUCAACCACUAUGACAAGAAAUACCGGCUGCAGGACGCGGGCGGCGGGGGUGCGGGCUCCUCUCAGCCACCGACACCCGAUCUCCAGACACAGCAACAACAGCAGCAGCAGCAACAGUUCGCUGCUGCUGUUGCGUCCACGAGUACCUCCACAGCGCCUAUACCACAGACUCCAGUAGGAGCGGCGGUGUCAGGAACUGCAGCCGCGCCUCCUGCUCCUGUUCCCCCCACCGCUGCCGCUGUGUCCGCCGCUGCAGCUGUGACCCACGGCGGCGUGUGCUCCUCGCCAGUGGUGUCACAGCAGCAGCAACAGCAACAGACACCGCAGCAACAAGCUGUCUCACAUGCAAUCAAGACCGAUGAAAAGGGCGAGCCUCAACACGCCGACGCCCACUACAUCUCCGCCAACUGCGUGGUGUUAACUUACUUUAGCGGAGACCUUGCGACGGCUGUGGACGAGCACUUCUCCCGAGCUCUCACGCAGUCCUUCAGCAAGACCAGCAAGGAUCCGUGUCCGAUGUCCCAGAGGAACCUCCCUGCUUCCUUCUGGAACAGCCACUACCACGCCGGGGUGUCUGGCUACGGCAGUGCGGGGAGUUCCGUAGCGCUGGCAGGACACGAAGGCCUGUACCCAGACUACUCUAGCCUGCACGGCCUACACCAGGGUGACCCCUGGGCCUACAAUUUCACGGCGGCGGGACAGUACCCUCACCACCGCUCCAUGGCGGACUUCACCUACAUGCCCUCCUCCUCUAGGUACCCCCACAACUACUCCUCCCUGUUGAUGGGUCGCGCGCCGAGGCUGCCCCAAUGCGUGGUGGGGAAGGCUGACCCGUGGACCUCAGCACCGCGCCUCCAUGACGAGAUGACCUUCGACCCUGCAGCCGCCUACACCCACCACUUCUCCUCCAUGUCAGGCCUGGAGGGAGCCGGGGCCUCUCAGGAAGGCAGCAAGGACCUCUACUGGUUUUAGUCUCAGGACCUGCCUCACUCUGUGCACCACCCCUGACCACCCGGAGACAGCGAUGAAGGCACGGUGACCAGUGAGUGGUCCAGAGACAGCGAGAUCAACUCUAGACAAGCUGUGAAGUCUGGGUGCUAUGGUUGUGUGUCCAUUAAAGUGUUCAUCUCAACAGAAACACUAGUGCUGUGACACGUAGCUAAAUGAUACAACGUAAAUUGUGUGAUUAAAAUAACUGCCAGUGAUUGGCGUCAGAAAACAGAUGACACUGUGGCCAAAGCCAGUGAUGAUGUUUUGACUUGUGGAAUGCUAAAAACUUGCACUGAUAUUGAAGCAACAGUGAUCCAUGACAGUAAAUUUACGACAAAAUGUUAAAGUGUUAGAAAAUAGCUAUUAUAUACUAGUUUAAAAGUGCAAGUAUACUGAAAGCACUGACACACACAAUAGUGCAUUAAGGCUCCCUAGGUGAACAAGAUACAUUGUUAAAAGCCAGGAAAGUGUAUGGCGGCAGAAGAGUUUUUGAGAAAGUGAUUUUAAUACAGUAAUGUUGUGAUGGAUUUGGAAUGAAUGAAAUUUUCAGUAUUACAUGUGUAAAGAGUUUCUUUUAAUGGAGACACUGAAAACCAACAGUUACAUUCGGAAGUAGUAAGACUUGCGAAGCUAAAGUGUAAAGAAACCUAAAAAGGAAAAAAGGUACCACACUCAAGAAACUGAGGCCACCCAAACACAGGAAUGAUCGUGACAGUAACGGUGGAAAGUGAGGAUGAUGACGUCGACAUGGACAGUGAGUGGCAGUGUUCAUGAGACUACAGCAGCUCAGUUUGUAUUGUUGAAGCCACUGCUCAUGGUGUGUGUGAAAGAUAGAAAAUAAAACAGUGCGCCGUGAAUAAACUCAUUACUCACAUGGGUAAUAAGACACAAUCUCAUGGCCACUCUCACCGCAGAUAUAAAGACUGUGACCUGAGUGAAUACAGUACGGGAAAAGCGCCAUAUUAUUAUUAUGGCGAUGACUGAAAAUUUCGAAGUGAGACGAGAAAACUUCGCAAAAGGUGAAAAAAUAACCUACAUUGAAAUAUCUAUACAACAGAAAAAAAAACUCCACUUUUGUAUAAGUAAAAUAUAAUGAAAAUAAAUAUCUAUGAUAGAAAAGAAAAAAGGCGGAGCGAGAAAACUGCACAAAAGAACUGCACUGAAAUACGUAAGACAACCUAAUAUACCCACGACAUAGAAAAAGAAACUAUCAUAGAAAAUAAAUACCUUGAAAUACCUGUAGUGUUGAGAUACCAAUGAUAAAAAUAAAUCAAAUAAAAUAACUCCAUGCACCCACAAUACAGAAAAAAAAUCCUUAUAUAUCAACAACAAUGAAAAAAAUAUAUAACACCUACAACAGAAUAUACGGAAAAAGGUAAAUAAAUAAAUACACCACUCAAAACACAUACAGUAUUAAGAAAACCUUUUAGAAAUCCUGACACUGAGAGACACAGAUGAACGUGCGGACGCAGUGACACAGAACCGACGCUUGUGUAACACGUGGCGGGAAAAACGCAGCGCAUUAUCACGAUGUGGGACAGUGCGCCGGAAUGUAUGGAGGACUCGGUAUGCGCCACUUUAGCAUGGAAAUCAUGUGAAAGUAGAAAUAGAAAUGUAAAUCUCUCUCUCUCUCUCUCUCUCUCUCUCUCUCUCUCUCUCUCUCUCUCUCUCUCUCUCUCAGUAUGUCCAUUCAAAUAACAGCAAUUCAGUUUGUCACAUUCUGAACAAAAUACACGAAAAAUGGUCUGAGAAUGUGUGUGUGUGUGUGUGUGUGUGUGUGUGUGUGUGUGUGUGUGUGUGUGUGUGUGUGUGUGUGUGUGUGUGUGUGUGUGUGUGUGUGUGUGUGUGUGUGUUUGUGUACGUUUUAAACGGUAACAACCCUGAAACAUUAAUGAGUCCUCGUUGGGUUCAUCCUGACUUAACUCUGCCACCAUCAUAUUAAGUAAAUAUACAUGACUAUUAAGUAAAUCCCUUUAUCUCCGCCGUCACCACCACCACCGCCGCCGCCGCUACCACCAACAGAGCCACCUCCACUGUCAUCGCUGCAACUCUCCCUUAUAUCUUUGCGGGGAAUAGUCUUUGUACAUGGAUUCCCUCCCUCAUGACAAUCAGUGCCUACGCUAUGAAUGAUUAAAUGGAUUUGGUUGUAGAUAUGAACACCAUACACCUAUUGGGGGAUUGAAUUUCCUGAGUGUUGCUGUGUCUUAUUUUGACCAUUUUUUAACAGAUUCAAGUGGAAGGCAUUGAAGUUUUGUUGGUUGUUUUCCUGGUUAAAAUUAUGUAAUUAGCUCUACACCAUAAAUGGAUAAACACACCCACACUAAACAGAUUCAUUACCGGUAAUCUCUUGAGAAUGAUUGCUAUAAGAGUUCCAGAGGUUUCAAAAUCUAGGCUUUAGAAGUUAUCGAGGGCUGAGGAAAACUAUAUGCGUAAAGUCAAUUCCUCCGAUACUGUACCGCAGACGAUAAGACCUCGAGACUGUACUUGUGCUCAACUCCAGUCUGCAUACAUAAGAAUAUUAGAACAUAUGAGAAAUUACAAGAACCCACCCGAAAGGCGUACACAUAGCAAUCACUACAUGAUAUAUACCAACAUAUUUCUCAUUACCAUAACUAUGAAAAAUGCUAAAAAGAAAAGAGUAUUGUGUUCAUAUUCCAUCUCAAUAUCGUGGUGGAAAAAAUGGAUGUCCACCUGCAUACACAAAGUCACGAUGAAAAGCACAAUAGUAGAAAGAAAUAAGGACAUUUUCUUCACUUACCUCCACUGGUUAAGGCGUCUUUUGGCCUCCAGAACAUGAAUCAGUUUUCACGUUGCGUAAGGAGACUCAAACAUGGAAGGAACAGACUCAAUAAUUAGGUUGCUAGUCAAAUUCAUGGAUAAGGAUGAAGGAAACGUAACAUGUAGUCUUGAUGGGUUCUGUAGCUCACCUUGAUGCUCUUUUUUAUAUUCUCAUAACUAUGGUUAAUGAAAAACGCAAGGCACAGGAAGAAUAAGAGGGAAAGAUUACUAUGAAUUCUAUCCUGACUGUACCACGCAUGGAUCCACUAAGACACAGCAUCAGGGCAGCAAGGCACACACCAAGCCACCCAAUUCUGUCACGAUUUCACGGUUUUCGACGACUCCUCCAUGACCAUCUUGCGUAAUGGUAUCGGAUCGAGUGUCUACACUGUUCAUCCCUUCAUGGUGGUAGUGGUGGUGGUUGUGGCGAAGAAGAGAUAGGAGGAAAUUAACACAGUACAUGCCUAAAAUUUCCUAGAGAAUCUUGUAUACAGCAAAAAAACGACACAAAUCAUUUUAGUCUUCCACAGAAAUGAAGUGAAUUAUUUAUUACGUGAAUGAAGUUGACGUACACUCUGGCGGCGACUCACGCGGCGCAGUACAACACUACGUAACAGUAACGAAUAGAAGCCCAGUCUUGUCUCGGAGGAGGAGGAUUUACUAUACUGUAAUUAUAUGUUCGAGUUCCAGUGGCCAUUUCCCUAUUAUAUAUUUGUACAUAGAAAAGUGACCUAUGACAUAGAUACUGACUUCCACACCGUGUGUUUAUGAGACCCCUGUACCUGUAUAUGUAGUGAGGCAAAUACUAUACAUAGAAAUAUCCCUUCGUUUUUUAUGUGCAAUGUAAACAGUCUUUUUAUGUACCAGAUUAUGCAAUGGAUUAAUUUCACCAUUUGAUUCAGUCUUCCCUGACGUGUGGUAGCAAAAUGCUGCGAGUAUCUAUGUUAGUGUCACGCGAUAAUAUGAUCUGCAUUUUGUCAGCGUGAUAUCCAAACUCCGUAACGUACACAUGAAAUUUUUCCAUUCCGUAGUCUCAUGUUAUCCUUUAAUUCGACUUUGCAUCGCGCUAUUCGGAAUAAUUAUAUAAUGUCUUUACGUUCGGUCAGUGUGGCUGGGCGAUGACUUGUAUGCUGGGAAGAGGUUACGAGAGGAAGGGAGAGGAAAGGAGAGAUGUGUGACUGUGGCUUUGGCUGUGGCUGAGGCUUGGCUGUUGUCACGGUGGCUGGCGAGAUCUAUACUACCACUGUAACUGACGACAUGUAAAAAAUGACUAAUACACUGCUGAAAAUGUUGAUGAUGCGGAGGGACGCACGGCAGGUUACUAGUGGCGAAUGGCUAAUACCAGCAGCUGAAAAAUUCUCUGUCUACUACUACCUAUAUGACCGCCAGCUUGUCUCUUUCUCUCUCUCUUUCUGUCUAUCUCUCUCCCUCUGCCUCCCUGUGGAUCUUAGCGGUGGUCAAGUUGAACAGCGCUUUAGUGAACAACAAUAAUUUAGGAAUAUAUUAAUUUUGCAGACCAUUUAUUUUCUAAGGUGGUGUUCUACUAAUGAAUUAAUACACUCUUUUCUCUUUUAUUAUUAUUAUUAUUAUUAUUAUUAUUAUUAUUAUUAUUAUUAUUAUUAUUUUCACGUUAAGAAAUGUAAUAAAACUGUUCGCUACUGUUA